GAGGCGUGGACUCGGGGAAGCCUCUCGGCGACGCGAAUAAAAGGGAGACGGCUCGCCGCGCCGAGCUGGGAAGCCUCGCUGCCUCGCCCCCGGCUCGGGAAGGGCAUGGCCCCGGCGGACCCCCGGAGGUGACUCGCGCGCCCCGGCCCCGCAGAUGCUCAGGGCGUCCCGCUCCCGUGUGUCGCGGCUUCCAAAGGACAGGUGUCCAGGAACCACGCCCCGGGACAAGAUGCCGGCGCAGGCGCAUUGGCCAGCCCUCUCCGUGGUGCUGAUCCUGCUCUGGGGGCAUCCUCGACCCACGCUGGCCUGUCCUCAUCCUUGCACCUGCUACGUUGCUAGCGAGGUCCACUGUACGUUUCGCUCCCUCGCUUCUGUGCCCGCUGGGAUUUCUAAACAUGUGGAAAGAAUCAAUCUGGGAUUUAAUAGUAUACAGGCUUUGUCAGAAACCUCAUUUGCGGGACUGACCAAGUUGGAGCUCCUCAUGAUUCACGGCAAUGACAUCCCCAGCAUCCCCGACGGGGCUUUAGGAGACCUCAGCUCGCUCCAGGUUUUCAAGUUCAGCUAUAAUAAGCUGCGCGUGAUCACAGGGAAGACCCUACAGGGACUCUGGAGCUUAAUGAGGCUGCACAUCGACCACAACAAGAUUGAAUUUAUCCACCCACAAGCUUUCAAUGGCUUAACAUCCCUGAGGCUGCUCCACUUAGAGGGAAACAUGUUACACCAGCUGCAUCCCGGCACAUUCUCCACGUUGACGUUUCUGGAUUAUUUCAGACUCUCUACUAUAAGACACCUCUACCUCGCAGACAACAUGAUCAGGACUCUGCCCACGGGGAUGCUGCAGAACAUGCCGCUCCUGGAGAAUCUUUACUUGCAUGGGAACCCAUGGUCAUGCGACUGUGAGAUGAAGUGGUUUCUGGAGUGGGACGCCAAAUGGAAAGGGACUCUGAAGUGUAAGAAGGACAAAGCCUAUGAAGGUGGUCAGUUAUGUGCCAUGUGCUCCAGUCCCCCCACACUGCACCAACAAGAGAUUCACAAGCUGAAGGACAUUACUUGUCUGAAGCCUUCCAUAGAGUCCCCUCUGCGACAGAACACGAGUAAGAACAGCGAGGAGGAGGAGGAUCUAGAAGAGGACGGUGACAGCCAGCUUUCUCUGGAGAGGUUCCAAUUCCCCCCAUGGAACAUCUCUUUGAACAUGACCGAUGAGCACGGGAACACAGUGAACUUGGUCUGCGACAUCAAGAAGCCAAUGGAUGUGUACAAAAUUCACUUGAACCAGACAGACCCUCAAGAGAUUGACAUAAACGCAACGGUUGCCUUGGACUUUGAGUGUCCGAUGACUCGGGAAAACUAUGAGAAGCUGUGGAAACUCAUCGCCUAUUACAGUGAGGUCCCUGUGAGGCUGAACCAAGAACUCAUGCUCAGCAAAGACCCCAAGGUCACCUACCAGUACAGGCAAGAUGUGGACGAUGAUGCUCUCUACUACACGGGAGUCAGAGCCCACAUUGUCGCAGAACCGGAAUGGGUCAUGCAGCCGACCAUAGAUCUCCAGCUCAACCGACGUCAGAGUACGGCCAAAAAGGUGCUGCUGUCCUAUUAUUCCCACUAUGCAUUAACAAUACCCACCAAAGAGGCAAGGCAGUCUCGGAGCAGAAGCUGGGUGAUGAUUGAGCCCAACAGAGCAGUGCAGAGAGCUCAGACUGUGUUGGAAGGGAGCCCAUGCCAGCUAAGCUGCAACGUGAAGGCUUCUGAGAGUCCGUCCAUCUUCUGGGUCCUCCCGGAUGGCUCGGUCCUCAAAGCACCGAUGGAGGAUGAAAAUGGCAAGUUUUCCAUCCUCACCAGUGGCUGGCUGAGGAUCAAAUCGACAGAGCAGUCAGACUCGGGUUUGUACCAGUGCAUUGCUCAGGUGAGGGAUGAAAUGGACCGGAUGGUGUACAGGGUCCUUGUCCAACCACCUGCCACACAGCCCCCCGAUGGUCAUAUGGUGACAAUUCAGAAGAACCCAGGGGAGCCAGUGAUGUUGCCUUGCAGUGCUCUGGCUGUCCCUGAAGCCCAGCUCAGCUGGAUUCUUCCAAACAAACGGAUAAUUAAUAAUUCGGCCAACAGCUCACAUGCAUACAUGUUGGCAAAUGGAACUCUUUCCAUCCCAAAGGUCCAAGUCAGUGAUGGCGGUUACUACAGAUGUGUGGCUGUCAACCAGCAAGGGGCAGAUCAUUUUACCGUGGGGGUCAUGGUGAACAAGAAAGGAUCUGGCAGGUCAUCCAAAAAGGGCAGACACCCAGGUGGGAAGACUCUUUCCAGAGUGCUAGGAGAUGUCGUGGACGACGAAGGGGGUUCAGGCAUAGGAGAUGAGGAGAACACUUCAAGGAGAGGUCUACAUACAAAGGACCAAGAGGUACUCAUCAAAACAAAAGAUGAUGCCACCACCGGAGGUAAAAAACCCAAGAAAGGGCGAAGAAAACUCAAACCCUGGAAGAAUUCUGAAAAAGAACCUGAGACGAACAUCGCAGAAGGUCGCCGAGUGUUUGAGUCCAGGCGAAGGAUAAACAUGGCAAACAAACAGAUUAAUCCAGAGCACUGGGCAGAUAUUUUAGCAAGAGUACGUGGGAAAAAUCUCCCAAAAGGAACUGAAAUACCCCAGGUCAUUCAAACCACCACUCCUCCAUCCGUGAGUCCAGAAGUGACACCCCUUCUGCCUGCUGUUCCUCCUCCCUCGAUAUCUCCUGCAUGGACCACAACCAGUGCCGAAGAAACCUCAGCAGAUGUGUCUCUGUUUGGUGAGGAGGAUGAGGUUUCCAGUACUGUGUCCUCAACCAAGAUGGGACUGGAAAGUGGACAGGAUGGAGGAAUUAUUUCUGAGCCCAAAGUCACAAGCACACAUCUGGAAGAAUUCAUUGACCAUGACUUUUCUAACACUGAGGAUACAACUCCUGCUGAAGUUGACCCAAGGUGGGCUACAGCCAGCACCCCAAUAUUCAUGCCUCAUGAGUCUUCUCCUACUCUGCAAACCCUAGACCUGGUCUCUGAGGAGUCCACCAGUGAAAAUACAGCCACAGAGAGCUGGCCUCCAGUAGAUGCUGGAUCCAUUCCAGAGCCUACGUCAAAUGAGUAUGAGUCUCCAUUGGAUGCUGUCUCUUUGGCUGAGUCCGAGACUAUACCGUAUAUGCCCCCAGAUUUGGAGACUAACCCACAACCAGAUGCAGAGAACAUGGAAGAGCUGACCUCCACUCCCUUUCUGCCCACCACCGUUUUAUGGGUUGAUGACUCCAGGACAUCGGAACCCAUAGGAGGGCUCACAUUGGGGGAGCCAGAUGCUCUAUCACAAGGCCAUCCACAGGGAGAAACAGACGACAGACACCUUGUGAAAGGUGCCUUGAGCACUCAAGGCAACCUGUUGACUGAAAAGGGCAGAGAGGAGAAUUCCGAGGCCCUACAGGAAGGAGAUAUGCCAGAGAGAGACCCCACAAGCUCCCAAAGUCCUGAGAGUAUGGGAAAGCAUGUGGGAUCUACCACUCUUCAUGACUCGGCUCUGGGAGUGAAUGGUGUCACUCCCUUUAAACAUCCCAGGGAGACCACACUUGGCUCUCUCUUUGACAAAGUCACCACCAUGGUGGCAGCAGUGAUGCCAACUGAGAAGGCCACUUUGCCUCUGGAGCUGACCACUCAGCCUUCUCGAAAGAGACCCAAUGGGAGGAGGAGAUUUCGUCCCCACAGAUUCCGACACCGUCAUAAACAAACUGUGCCCACGACUUUCGCCCCAGUGGAGGCGUUUUCUACUCGACCAACUCAAGCACCCGAAGGAAAGGCUCCAGACCGCGUGUGGAGUACAACAGGAGCAAAAUCUUGGGUUGACAGCACCGUUGGUAUCCCCAAGCAGUCGGAGAUGGAGAAGCAGGCAGAACCCAUAGCCAAGGGGACCCCACGAAGGAAACAUGGGAAGAGACCAAAUAAACAUCGGUAUUUCACUUCUAUGGUGAGCUCUCCAGCCUCUGCAACCACACCCAGCCCUUCUCUGGAAAACAAACAUAAAAAUGUCAUUGCCCCUGGUUUGGAAACUGUACUCUCAUCGAUAACCAUUUCCCUGACAACUGGGGACCCUCAUGGGAGAGCUGCUGUGACUACCACAAAAAGGCACUUACCAUCCAAUAAAUUCCAAGAGACGAUUCCACUCACCCCUAAGCCUAUAUGGGAUGGAGAAGAAAUGAAGAAUUAUGGUGUCACAAACAUCGAGGACUAUAAAACUGACAGCUCAGUCCCUGACUACUCCUUCACUAAUGCCACAUCACCUCCUGGCUCGGAGGUCUCCACUGUGGGAGAAUUUCAGGAGGAAUCCGCUCCCUCUGGCUUUCCAGGAACCUCACACUGGAAUACCCCAAGGGUAGACCAGCCUGGGAGGCUGCAGACAGACAUACCUCUUGCCAGCUCCACGGAAACCUUUACAGACUCACCUUUUCUUAAACAGGUGGAGGACCUGGGUGUUCCUUCUGAGUUUCCACCAUCCGUUGCAGCCUCUACACUGUUUCAACCAGAAAAAGAGGUUGUUUCAACCACUGUCUCAAGCAUAAAAGUAGAACCAUCUUCAAGUAAGGCAGAAACCACCAUCCAUGCUCAAGAUCAUCAUGAAAGCACUCCAGCUGAAAUUAGACCUCGGCAUCACACCACAACUCCUCUUCAGAUGGAGAAGACAGCAUCCCCACCCCCGGCCACCACUCUUGUGUCUUUGGUACAGACCUUCACGAAGCCCACACCUCUUCCUUCAAAGACACCUCCAACAUCAACAGAUUCCAAGGAAAAUGUUUUCUUGAAUUACGUGGGGAUUCCAGAAGCCAAAGCACCCCCAGUGAAUAAUGAGGGGACUCAACAUAUAUGGACACCAAAUGAAUUAUCUACCCCUUCUUCCAACCAGGAUAAAUUUAACCCAGCUCCAAAGCAGCAGUUGGAAAAGGAAGCCUUGGAUGGAAAGACCCCUAACAGUCUUCCACAUGGCCGCGAUGGUAACCACCAGAACGGGAGAGUCCAAAUGUUCCCCCAGCCAGCCAGAAUUCCUGCCAAACCGAUCCCGCCUAGGGGGACAGUGAGACCACCACAUACGGACACAGAAGGCUCCUUUAGAUUCUUUGUAACUUUCCAGCCCCCUCGUCACUUGACCAACAAACCAGGAAUAACGGCGUAUCCUUCAAGGGUUUUGCCAGAGAACAAGCAGUUCACGACUCCAAGAUUAUCAAGUAGGACAACUCCCGUUGUUCCAGUGCAUAAGCCCAAACCUGGCAUCCCCACUAAGUUGACUGACCAAGGGAUGGACCAGUUCAACAGCAACUCCAAAGUGUUUGGGAACAACAACAUCCCGGAUCUCAGAGACCCCGUUGGCAAGCUUCCAAGUGCAAGAGUUCUGCAUCAACCCAAUGGAAGAUUCCCUUUCUUUUUCAAUAGGACUCUGUCUUUCCCGCAGUUGGGAGUUACUCUGAAACCCCAGACGCCUACCUCUCCUGCCCCCGUGAUAAGAGAGAGAAAAGUCAACCCAGGUCCCUACAAUAGGAUACAUUCUCAGAGCAUCAUCCACGUGGACUUUGGUCCCCCGGCACCUCCAUUAUCGCACACACCCCAGGCCACGGGGCCACCCUCCACAAACUUACAGAACAUCCCUGUGGCCUACUCCACCCGGAGCUCCAUACCCUUCAUGGCGUCUUCUGGCCAGCCUUCCAGAAGCUUCCAUCAGAGCAGCUCAAAGCUCUUCUCUGCUGCAGGACCCCCUGCAUCCAACUUUUGGACGGUUGGGGAAAAGCCCCAAAUCAUCACCAAAUCCCCUCAGACUGUGUCUGUCACUGCGGAGACAGAUGCUGUGUUCCCAUGUGAGGCCACAGGAAAGCCCACACCUUUCAUUACAUGGACAAAGGUUUCUACAGGUGCUCUCAUGACCCCCAACACCAGAGUGCAACGGUUCGAGGUCCUGAAGAACGGGACCCUUGUCAUCCAAAAGGUGCAAGUGCAGGACCGAGGCCAGUACCUGUGCACCGCCAAAAACCUGCAUGGGGUAGACCGGAUGGCCGUCCUGCUGACCGUCACUGUGCAGCAGCCCCAGAUCCUCGCCUCCCACUACCAGGACGUCACCGUUUACCUGGGAGACACUAUCGCCAUGGAGUGUCUCGCCAAGGGAACCCCAGCUCCCCAAAUCUCCUGGAUUUUCCCGGACAGGAGGGUGUGGCAGACCGUGUCCCGCGUGGAGGGCAGAAUCACGCUGCACGAAAACCGGACCCUGUCCAUCAAAGAGGCCUCUUUCUCAGACAGGGGAGUGUACCAGUGUGUGGCCAGCAAUGCGGCGGGCGCGGACAGCCUGGCCAUCCGCCUCCACGUGGCGGCCCUGCCGCCGGUCAUCCACCAGGAGAAGCUGGAGAACAUCUCGCUGCCCCCGGGGCUCAACAUCCACAUCCACUGUACGGCCAAGGCUGCGCCCCUGCCCAGCUUGCGCUGGGUGCUGUGGGACGGAACCCAGAUCCGCCCGUCGCAGUUCAUCAACGGGAACCUGUUCGUCUUCCCCAACGGCACGCUCUACAUCCGCAACCUGGCGCCCAAGGACAGCGGCCGCUACGAGUGCGUGGCCGCCAACCUGGUGGGCUCCGCGCGCAGGACGGUGCAGCUGACUGUACAGCGCGCGGCGGCCAACGCGCGCAUCACCGGCACCUCCCCGCAGAGGACCGAUGUGCGCUACGGCGGGACUCUCCGCCUGGACUGCAGCGCCUCGGGGGACCCCUGGCCACGCAUUCUCUGGCGACUGCCAUCCAAGCGCAUGAUGGACUCUAUUUUCAGCUUUGACACCAGAAUCAAGGUGUUUGCCAAUGGGACCCUGGUGGUGAAAUCCGUCACAGACAAAGAUGCAGGGGAUUACCUGUGUGUUGCCAGGAAUAAGGUUGGAGAUGACUUUGUCGUGCUGAAGGUGAACGUGGUCAUGAAACCAGCCAAGAUUGAGCACAAGGAGGAGAAUGACCACAAGGUCUUUUACGGGGGUGACCUGAAAGUGGACUGUGUGGCCACUGGGCUUCCCAACCCCGAGAUCUCCUGGAGCCUCCCGGAUGGCAGCCUGGUCAACUCCUUCAUGCAGUCUGAUGACGGUGGUGGCCGUACCAAGCGUUACGUUGUUUUUAACAAUGGGACCCUCUACUUCAAUGAGGUGGGCAUGCGGGAGGAAGGGGAUUACACCUGCUUUGCUGAAAACCAGGUUGGUAAAGAUGAGAUGAGGGUGCGGGUCAAGGUGGUGACCCAGCCCGCCGCCAUCCGGAACAAGACAUACUCCGUGGUCCAGGUCCCCUACGGUGAUGUGGUCACGGUAGCGUGUGAAGCCAAAGGGGAGCCCACACCCAGGGUGACGUGGCUUUCUCCAACCAACAGGCUGAUCCCUGCCUCCUCCGAUAAGUAUCAGAUUUAUCAGGAUGGCACUCUCCUCAUUCAGAAAGCUCAGCGCUCAGACAGCGGCAAUUACACCUGUGUGGUCAGGAACAGUGCCGGGGAGGACAGGAAAACGGUCUGGAUUCACGUCAACGUCCAGUCGCCCACCAUCAACGGGCACCCCAACGCCAUCACCACAGUGCGGGAGAUCGCUGCUGGCGGGAGCCGCAAACUCAUUGACUGCCAGGCAGAAGGCAUCCCCACCCCAAGAGUCUUGUGGGCCUUUCCCGAGGGCGUGGUUCUGCCAGCCCCAUACUAUGGGAACCGGAUCACCAUCCAUCGCAAUGGCACGUUGGACAUCAGGAGUCUCAGGAAGAGUGACUCUGUGCAACUGGCGUGCAUCGGCCGCAAUGAGGGCGGGGAAGCCAGGCUGAUUGUCCAGCUCACUGUCUUGGAGCCCGUGGAGAAGCCCAUCUUCCACGACCCCGUCAGUGAGAAGAUCACGGCCAUGGCCGGCCACACCAUCAGUCUCAACUGCUCGGCCGCAGGGACCCCAACGCCCACCCUGCUGUGGGUCCUUCCCAAUGGGACGGAGCUCCAGAGCGGCCAACAGCUACAGAGGUUCUACCAUAAGAGUGAUGGCAUGUUGCACAUCAGUGGCCUCUCCUCUAUGGAUGCUGGGGCUUACCGCUGUGUGGCCCGGAACUCUGCCGGCUACACGGAGAGGCUGGUCUCUCUGAAGGUGGGCGUGAAACCCGAGAUCAGCAACCAGUACCACAAUCUGGUGAGCAUCAUCAACGGGGAAACCCUACAGCUGUCCUGUAUUCCUCCAAGGGGCCGGCCGGCUCGUUUCUCUUGGACACUUCCCAACACCAUGCUCUUAGAGGGCCCCCAAAUUCGGGGACGCUUUUCCCUCUGGGAAAAUGGUACCCUCACGGUCCGUGAUGCCUCUGUGUUUGACAGGGGGACCUACAUGUGCAAGGUGGACACUGAGUACGGCUCCUCCGUCAUGAACUUUCCGGUGAUCGUGAUAGCAUAUCCUCCCCGGAUCACCAGCGAGCCAACACCCGUCAUCUACACGCGACCCGGCAACACCGUCAAGAUGAACUGCAUGGCCAUGGGGAUUCCCAAAGCCGAGAUCUCCUGGGACCUACCAGACAAAUCGCACCUGACGGCCGGGGCGCAGGCCCGUCUCUAUGGGAACAGAUUCCUUCACCCCCAAGGUUCCUUGACCAUCCAGCAGGCCACGCACAGAGAUGCAGGCUUCUACAAGUGCACUGCAAAGAACAUCCUAGGCACUGACUCAAAGACUACUUAUAUCCACGUCUACUGAAAUGCCUCCUCCCAAGACACGGACUCCACCGCCAUUGCUUGGGAAGUUAGAACAAAGCAUCAUUUGUAAGGAAAGACACCGCGUCCGGUUGGUCAGAACUCUUAACUGAUCUGUCAUGGUGCUCGGUGGCCCCUGGCCGGGUUUCAGGUUCAUGUUGAUUUUGACCUCUGCUUGCCAGCAAAAGGAAACAAUGCAGACACGGGAAGGAUGGUUCAGCCUCUCCGGGGACUUUCAUUCACGUUUACAGCAUGCCACCUACUCGCAUCCGGCGUUUCGCAGGAGAUGGGCUCAUCCUGAAGACACCAUAUGUGCUCCACUGGGCAUGUGUAGCAGACCUAAGGAGCACUCACUGAACAUAAACCAUAGAGAUGACCGGUGCCUUGCUGCCUUGUUGAAGACACGUCCCCUAGUUAACCUGUUGCCGUCUUAACAUAAUAGAAUGUUCUAGAAUGACUACCCAUCUUUUACUUACUUCCUGUCACUUUAGAACUCCAGCUUGCCCUCUAAGGGCUUAGAACCACAGGGACUGAUGUUUUUGUAACAUAUGACUUCCAUACAAUACAGCUACCAUUUUAUAUGGAACUCACUUUUUUUUUUUUUUUAUAUAAUGGAACUCACUCUCUCCCUGGAACUCACUUUUUAUAUAAUGUCUUACAUAAAGACAUUUUAUAUUUUCUUUCCAAUCAGACGAUGAGGCUAGAAAGAAAGAAAUGCUUUCUGUCUCAUUAAAAAUAAUAAAUUAUUGGUCUUUACAAGACUUGGAUACACGCGAGCAGGCAUGGAAAAAUAAUUGUAAAAACAAAUCCCCUAUAGUUCCUUGAGCAAAUUCAGUAACUGCUAUUUUACUACCUUCCCCAGCAACCCUAUGGUUUCGGAGGCUGGGAUGCUGGAUUUCCUUGUUUGUGGGUUUAUCUUGAGAGCUGAAGUUGGGGGAGAGGGCAGGAGAGAGCUAAGCCAUGACCCUGCACAGUGAAUCCAAAGCCUCCUGGAAAAGCCCGGAACUGUCUCCUCCAUCCAACCCCCUAUCAAUGUGUGCUCAUGGAAACUAGGACACAUGUUAUCCCCAUGACUGCUUUACUGUAUUUUUAAGGUCAAUAUAAUGUACAUUUGAUAAUAAAAUAAUAUU